CUGGUUUUUCGAUGCACUCCAUUCACGGUCACACUGGCACUUUAUGUUUUAAAAAAAUCGCCCAUCUGAUCGGACUUACUUUGUAGCGGAGCAUUUACACAUGGGCCAGAGCAGCGAGAUCGAGCACAAACACCUACAAUUCCGAUUCUGAUUCCAAGUAGUUGCAAUUCUUCAGCCGCACAUUCCCUAAACCCGACGAAAUGGCACAGAGCGUUCCAUUGGCUCGGGCCAUUGGCGGCUACAUCUUUGGUCUCCUGCAGGCAUGCAUUCGUUUUGUUUUCCGGCUGAUCUAUGGAGCCAAAGGUGAGACUGUUCCCCCGAUCACGGACCCCAUACUCUUGCAGUCGGCCACAUCGCUGGCCAGGAAGAUCCGCAACCAGGAGCUAAGCAGCGUCCAGGUCCUGGAAUCCUUCAUCCGACGCAUCAAGGAGGUGAAUCCCAUUCUAAACUGUGUGGUGGACGAGCGGUACGAUCAAGCGCUUAAGGAAGCAGCUGAAGCGGAUGCCUUGAUCAAGUCCGGCCAGUACAGCGUAGAGGAGCUGGCCAAACAGAAACCCUUCCUGGGAGUGCCCAUCAGCACCAAGGAUUGCAUAUCCGUCAAAGGCAUGCUCCACACCGCUGGACUGUACGAACGUCGGGAUGUGCGCGGUGCGCAGGAUGCGGAUGCCAUGGCGCUGAUGCGCAAGGCUGGUGCCAUUCCCUUCGCCCUCACGAAUGUCUCCGAGGUGUGCAUGUGGUGGGAGAGCAACAACACGGUGCACGGCAGGACAAGGAAUGCCUACGACACCAAUCGCAUUGUGGGCGGUUCCAGCGGCGGCGAAGGCUGCAUCCAGUCGGCGGCUGCCUCCGCCUUUGGCUUGGGCUCGGACAUUGGCGGCUCCAUUCGCAUGCCUGCCUUUUUCAAUGGCAUCUUCGGGCACAAGCCCAGCAAGCUGGUGGUGUCCAAUGUGGGUCAGUUUCCGGCUCCCUUCAGUGCGGAGCAAAACACUUUCCUGGGCCUGGGACCCAUGUCACGAUUUGCCGAGGAUUUGCGACCCAUGCUGAGGAUUAUGGCGGGCGAGAAGGCUGCCCUGCUGAAACUGGACGAGGAUGUGGACCUGACAAAAAUGAAGUUCUUCUACCAGGAGUCUGAUGGCGGUGGCCGUAUGAUCUCCGCCGUUGAUCCUGACCUGAGACAGGCCAUGACCCAAGUGGUGCACCAUCUGAGCGAGAAGUUCGGCAGUGAGAAGGUGGAGCGUAUCCAGCUGCCGCAGUUCCGCCAGUCGGCCGCCAUCUGGUUUGCCAAUAUGCGCGACGACAGCGGCCAUGGAUUUGCCUAUCAGCUGGGCAACCUGGAGCACGAUAUCAACACGUAUUUGGAGCUGUUCAAGUGGCUGUUUGGCGCCUCCAAGCACACGUUCAUUGGCCUGUCGACGGCCAUCAUGGAUAAUGCCCAGUGCAAGCACGGUUCGCCCAAGUACGACCACCUGGUGCGAAAGCGGAAUGAGCUGAGGGCGGAGCUGCAGCGCCUGCUGGGCGAUAAUGGAGUACUGAUCUAUCCCACGCACCCGACGGUCGCUCCCUAUCACAACGAACCGAUCACGCGACCCAUCAACUUUGCCUACACGGGCAUUGUGAAUGUGCUGGGCUUCCCGGCCACCGCUGUGCCAUUGGGCAAACUGGGGAGCGAGGGCCUGCCGCUGGGCGUCCAGAUCAUCGCCAACUUCAACCAGGAUCGUCUGUGUUUGGCGGUGGCCGAGGAACUGGAACGAGCCUUCGGCGGCUGGGCCAAGCCCGAAGUGCGCCUGUAGGGCUGUAGUCUCAACUGUUUGCAUAGCUGCGACUAUGCAGCUUAGCUAGAUGUUAGAUAGUAGUGGUCAGGCUAUCCUCCUGAACUCGAACCUUCACCCACCCACCAACCCAAGCGUUCGCCUGGUGAUAAAAGGUUUUCCUUGCAAUGUCACUUUCCGAUGUGAUUUUAUCUAUUUUGUAUGUGUUUUUAAUCGUAAACUAAUCAAUGAUUCAUGCGAAUCCGUUCCCGUUUGGCAUUUAUAAUAAAUAAUUGCAACCUAA